UUCUUCUUCCUCUCCAGAUCUGGGUUUGAUCAAACCCAGAUCUGGGUUCUUUCAACCCACAUGUCCACUCUGGCUGGGUUUUUGAGUUUUGCUGCUGAGCCGCUGGGUUCUCCGUUGCUCAAGACUGAUGGAGCCGGCCUUUUCCUUGCUAACCCAGAUCUGGGUUCUUUCAACCCACAUGUCCACUCCGGCUGGGUUUCCGAAUUUUGUUGCUUGAGCAGCCAGGUUCUCUGGUCCGCGGCUCCUUGCUCCUUCACGCAAAUCUACCGAGCUGCACACUGGAAUUUCGAGAUCUGGCCGCCGUUGCCCAGUAACAUGCGUUGGGAUCUAGCUCACUGCAGACUCGGACAACGAGCUAGCCACUGAUGAGAGCUUCAUUUUUGUUCUGUUUUUUUGAACUCCUGUGGUUUUUGUUCUGUUUUUUCGAACUCAUGGUUUUUGUUCUGUUUUUUCAAACUUUUGUGGUUGAUUUUUGGUCCUGAUUUUGCUAUUUUUCUUUGUCUUGAUGGAACUGGAACUAGAAUUUUUGGUUCUCUUUAAACCAGUGCUCGUUGGUUUCUGUGUUGAUUUCCCUGGCAUUUUAGGUUUUGGUUUGCUACAUAUCGAGUCUCCAGUGGUUCGGUACUGUUUCUUUUUGGUUUAUUUGCAUCCAUGUGAGUUGACUUGGUUUGAUGAAAUUCGAAUAUGUAUUUAAGGUGUUUUUUUAGACUGUGAUUUAGUUUCUCUUUGUUGCGUUUCAAUGGUGUUAGAGGAGUCAUUUGGGUUUGAGAAAAACCCAGAUCUGGGUUUGAUUUGAAGAGGAAGAGGAAGAGGAAGAGGAAGGGACAAGAGAGAGAGAAAGUGAAAGAGGAAGAAGAGAUGACAUGGAGGUUUUAUUGUUAGACUGUGAUUUAGUUUCUCUUUUGUUGCGUUUUAGUGGUAUCGAAUGAGUCAUCUGAGUUUAAGAAAAACCCAGAUCUGGG